CGCGUGUGAGAGUUCACAGGGCAUGCGCAGCUCGUGUUGCGGUGUUUCGGUGCUGUUUAGCUAACUGGUUCCAGUAAUGUGAUGGCUUUUCCGAGUUUGUUCAUGAGGAGGCAGCUGCCGCAGGCCGUCAUCUACUUCGCCCGGACCGUGACGCUGGCCCGGUUUCCCUGCGCCGGUGCCUCGCUAAGGAGGCUGCACGGAUCGGCUCGGCAGCGGAUCGGUGAGAAGGGUCCGUGGGGGAAGAACCGGGGACCGGAGCAGCCCCAGCAACAGUACCAGCUCACAGAGCUCGACAAGGCGGACGCUUUGAUGCUGAGGAAGUCUCAUGAAACAGGUUUCCUCUCUUGGUUUCGGAACGGUUUGCUAGCAACUGGUAUAGGAGUCAUCUCCUUUGUCCAGAGCGAAGUGGGGCGAGAAGCAGGAUAUGCGUUCUUCAUCCUGGGAGGCGUGUGUGUGUCAUUUGGCGGAGCCUCCUAUGUUGGCAGCCUUUUUGCCCUGCGGAGGCUGAUGCUGCUGUCUGUGCCAGCCCUGCUGCUCCAAGGAGGCGUGGUGGGAAGCGUCGCCCUCUUCUGGCUCUGUGCGGUAUCGCUCUAUAUCGGUCGGCUGGAGGUGGAGAUCAUCCACGAGGAUGAGGAGGGAGAGGAUGAGGGGGAGUGCAGGGAGUGCCGGGACAGGCGGGAACACCGGGGUAACAGCGGCUCUAGGGACAGCGAGGACAGUGGCAGCAAGGGACAAAACAAGUAGCCAUCUUCCUGGAAUAAUUGGAAAAGUGUGUGUUUGUGUGUGUGUUGUUCUGAUCGUAUGCGUGUAAAAGUGGAUUAUGAGCCUAAAAAUGCAAAUUUAUUAUCUGUCAUAGUUUAUUCUUAUUAUUCAGGUGAAGAAAGACUUUUACCUUUUUGCAAACAUGAUUAAACAUUUUGAUGAAACCUCUGGUAGAAAAAAAUCCACUUUAUUUAGUUAGACUUCUUAUAAGUUGAUAAUUUGAUGCUGAUGUAGAUUAUCCAUCCAUCUGGAAGAUUUAUUUUUUUAAUCUUGACUUUUUCAGUCAUUGUCUUCUCAGCCAGCUGACCCUGGAUUACUUUAAUUUUCAUAAAAGUCUUCUCUUACCUGUAAAGGACGAUGAACGUUUUGGUUUGUUUUGGUAAUCACAGGAAGAGUCUGAGGACUUUACUUCCUUUUUACAGUUUUUAAAAUUAUUUUGCAUGACUAUGGCAAGAGCACUUUUGCCAUAGUUCUUCUAAAGUCUUGACGACAAAGAACAUUUUCACAGUUUUAUCUGUGAUCAUACAUUUUGUUCCACAUUGCUGUUAUUCAUGUAAAGCAGCCUGCAACCCUAGGAGUGAAGAUCACACCUUCAGGAUGUCUUAUAAUAUUAUUUUCAUGGCUGUCAAGAGUUGAUGAUGGUUAUUGUGUAGAAACAGGGUUUAUUAUUGUUUACCAUGUGUUGUGCAUCAUUUUCAAUGCACACUAGAGUGCAUGCAGUAAUAAAUGACUUUGAGCCAAUGGUUUUAGUUGUUUUUCUAAUGAUGCUUGGCAUCAAUUGUGGGGUACCACAGGGGUCAGUCCUGGGCCCAAAGCUUUUUCUUUUAUUCAAAAAUUAUCUAUGUGCUUUC